GUUGUCAUUAUUUCAACGAGGGCGACGGCUGAGAACACACAGGGAUAGGUGUGCUCCACACAUUACACAGCUCUCCACGGUUUCAUAACUCCGUCAAGACAAACCAUGAUGCAGAUACUGCUGUGCACCCUGGUCCUAUCCCUCCUCACAACACCACAGCUAGCUUCUGGACAGGAAGUUGACACUACGCAUGGGAAUGUUGUUGGUCUCAGAUCAACUGUCCUUGGAAAGACCAUUGACACGUAUUAUGGUAUUCCUUAUGCCAGACCACCCAUAGGUGAUCUCAGGUUCAAGUACCCGCAACCAAUGGACUCUUGGACACCGGAAGUCAAGGAAGCACGUUCAAUGAAACCAUCUUGCCUUCAAGCAGUUGAACCUUCACCUGGUAUGCCCUGGAGAGCAAUUCCGUCCACCUUCAGUGAGGAUUGUCUCUACAUCAAUGUAUGGGCACCAGCUAAUGUCACAACUAGUAGGAAACUUACAACCAUGGUUUGGAUCUAUGGCGGGGCAUAUCUGACAGGAUCUAUCAACAUGCCUUUGCAUCAUGGUCAGUAUCUUGCUGCUGAAAACAACGUCAUCGUAAUGUCCAUGAACUAUCGUUUAGGAGCUCAUGGAUUUCUAUAUCUUGGACCUGACACGUUUCCUGGUAACCAAGGUCUCAUGGAUCAGGCCCUUGCCCUGAAGUGGAUUCAGAACAAUGUUGGAAGAUUCGGCGGAGAUGCAAGCAUGAUCACCUUAUUUGGAGAAAGUGCAGGUGCAGCCUCGGUUGGUCUCCAUUUGUUAUCGCCAAUAUCACGUGACUUCUUCACGCGUGCCAUUCUUCAAAGUGGUACCCCAGAUGCAUCAUGGGCAUUUUCUGAAGCAUCAAAGGCUAUUGGAAGCACUAAAAGACUUGCAGAGCUGUCGAACUGUAAUGCAAAAUCUGAUGCUGACAUUUUCCAAUGUAUCCAAGAUCUACCACCAGAAACGGUAAUUGAAAAUCAGGCACUCCUUUCAGGUGAUGGACAAUUCGGUCCAGUCGUGGAUGGUCAUUUCUUACCCGAUUCUCCUGCAUCACUCAUUGAAAAAGGACAAAUGAAGCAAGUGGACAUCCUUCUGGGGGUGAACAAAGAUGAAGGCAGUGCAUUCCUCAUUGCGAUUUUGCCUACAAUAUUUCCUGUAUUUACAAAUCAACUUAAUAUCAACAGAACACAGUUCCUAACGACUGUAAAUGCCCUAACAAGUGGACAGUCGUCUGCCGUUGCCAAAGCUAUUACCGCUCAGUAUGCUGAUAUCUACGUCCCUUCUCUACAUCCAAACUACUUGGCCAGUGCUGACGGAGUUCUUGGAGACAGUUUCUUUAAGUGUCCAGCUACCAAACUAGCUGCUGCACAUUCUGCAAAUAACAAUGUUUACUUGUAUUCCUUUGAGUAUAGGAUCCCAUCGUUGCCACUACCACAAUGGAUGGGAGUUCCUCAUUCGUUCGAGAUAGAAUCGGUGUUUGGACAUCCUCUCGGGGAUGCCUUUACUUCGACAGAUGUGGAUAAGUCAAUCAGUCGGAGCAUGAUGACUUACUGGACGAAUUUUGCUAAAAGUGGAAACCCCAACCUUCCGGAAACACCAAACUACCAAUGGCCGACGUACAACUGGAUGGAUGAACGUUUCCUGGUCUUCUCCUCGUCCGGACUGUCCACAGAGCAGGGCAUGAGAAAGUCGCAGUGUGUUUUCCAUAACACUCUCUUGCCAUUGAUCCGAAAGACCAAAGACACAUCUACAGGCAGUACAACAACUGAGGUUUACAGAUGUCACACCAGUGGAAGCAGGAUGUCAUUUACUGUGAACACGUGUCUCGUUGCUGUACUUGCAGCAUUAGUGAGUGUGUAAACAUGGAGCGAUAUCCACAAUGUACUCACUGAAAAAUCACAAAAUAAAUCCCGAGAAGGGAGGCUCGUGUAACGUAAUCAUCGGAUAAUACAAAGCUCUUCUGUUUCUUUUCGCUUCUGGGAGAAAAGUUUGAUUGGAAACUGUUGAAUAUAUGCAGAAAGAAAAUUUUGUCAUGUAUAGUUUAAUCGAUGACUUCCUCUAAUAAGUAUUUAGUGACAUGAUUUGUAACAUACGAUUCGAAAGAGAUCAUGUGACCGUUUGUAUAUAAUACCAAAUCCUUUUUUAUAUUGCAAAACAGCUGUUGAAAUGGUCUCGUAUUCAUUUUCUUAUUUUUGUACUAACACAGAUGCUUACUUAUU